AUGUUUGCUCCCCCCCCCCCCUUAAACUGGCCUGUACUGUAUGUAGCGUGCUUGAAAGCACCGUCGUCAGCUGCAACUUGCUUGAAAGCACCGUCGUCAGCUGCAACUUGCUUGAAAGCACCGUCGUCAGCUGCAACUUGCUUGAAAGCACCGUCGUCAGCUGCAACUUGCUUGAAAGCACCGUCGUCAGCUGCAACUUGCUUGAAAGCACCGUCGUCAGCUGCAACUUGCUUGAAAGCACCGUCGUCAGCUGCAACUUGCUUGAAAGCACCGUCGUCAGCUGCAACUUGCUUGAAAGCACCGUCGUCAGCUGCAACUUGCUUGAAAGCACCGUCGUCAGCUGCAACUUGCUUGAAAGCACCGUCGUCAGCUGCAACUUGCUUGAAAGCACCGUCGUCAGCUGCAACUUGCUUGAAAGCACCGUCGUCAGCUGCAACUUGCUUGAAAGCACCGUCGUCAGCUGCAACUUGCUUGAAAGCACCGUCGUCAGCUGCAACUUGCUUGAAAGCACCGUCGUCAGCUGCAACUUGCUAUGUCUAUUUUGCUCCACUAUUGUCUGUACUAUGUUGA